AUGACCAGCGAGUCUGGUCUCAGCAGCUUCUGCGCUAUAGCCCUGGGCGCCACAGGCCCAGAAAUGCUGCUUCAAAUUACUAUGGCCCUCGUCCUCCUUCCCACAAUGGAUUGCCAAGAAAAUGAGUACUGGGACCAAUGGGGACGGUGUGUCACUUGCCAACUGUGUGGACCUGGACAAGAGCUCUCCAAGGAUUGCGGUUAUGGAGAGGGUGGAGAUGCAUACUGCACAGCCUGCCCUCCUCGCAGAUACAAAAGCAGCUGGGGACACCAUAGAUGUCAGACUUGCAUCACCUGUGCUGUCAUCAAUCGUAUCCAGAAGGCCAAUUGUACAGCUACCUCUAAUGCCAUCUGUGGAAACUGUCUGCCCAGAUUCUACCAAAAGACACGUAUUGGAGGCCUACAAGAUCAAGAAUGUAUUCCGUGCACAAAGCAGACACCCUCCUCUGAAGUUCAGUGUGCCUUCCAGCUGAGCUUAGUGAAGGCAGAUGUACCCACAGUAUCCCCUCAGGAGGCCACACUUGUUGCACUGGUGAGCAGUCUGCUCAUGGUGUUUACCCUGGCCUUCCUGGGGCUCUUCUUCCUCUACUGCAAGCAGUUCUUCAACAGACAUUGCCAGCGUGGUAAGGGAAGUUCGCUUCAGUAUGAGGCUGGUGAGACAGCAGAGGAGGAAUCUCUCUUCCCCAUACCACCUGGCCAGAAGACCAGCCCUGAGUCCCCACUGAGUGAAAGCAUAUUUGAGACCCAGCCACUUAAUUCCAUCCUAGAUGACAACGGCAGCUCAACUCAUGGCUUCCCUAUACAAGAAUCUUUUACCUUGGCCUCCUGUGCCUCAGAGAGCCACUCCCACUGGGUCCACACUCCCAUUGAGUGCACAGAGCUGGACCUGCGAAAGUUUUCCAGUUCUGCUUCCUAUACUGGAGCUGAGACGUUAGCAGGAAAUACAGCUGAAAGCUCUGGAGACAGGCCGGAGCUCACUGUGCUCUUUGAAGUCCUCAGCCCUUAA